ACAACUAACAACUUCCGGGUCAUUCCGUACAUGAGUAAAGUGACAGUAGCAACGAAAACUUAACUCAAGUUUUUCACCGUAUUUGUUAUUAAUUCACAGACCAAGCUUGUCACAUUAAUACACUACCAUUGUGGUUUUAUUCGGAGAAAAUGGUGUUUUAUUUCACAAGUGCCGUGGUGGACCCUCCAUUCACGAUCUACAUGGGGAAAGAUAAAUAUGAAAAUGAGGAUCUCAUUAAAUAUGGUUGGCCCGAAGACAUCUGGUUUCACGUUGACAAACUCUCUUCAGCUCACGUUUACCUAAGGAUGCCGAAGGGUAAAACCAUAGAUGAUAUUCCUCCAGAGGUGCUGGUAGACUGUGCUCAGCUGGUGAAGAACAACAGCAUCCAGGGCUGCAAGAUGAACAACAUCAAUGUGGUUUACACGUCGUGGGCCAACUUGAAGAAAACUGGAGACAUGGAUGUUGGUCAGAUCGGCUUUUACAAACAGAAAGAGGUGAAGCUUGUUGCCGUUGAGAAGAAGAUCAAUGAAAUCGUAAACCGUCUGGAGAAGACGAAAGAAGAGCGCUUCCCGGAUCUGGCAGCAGAGAGGGAAGCAAGGGACCGGGAGGAGAGGAACGAGAAGAAAGCUCAACUCCAGGAGCAGAAGAGGAAAGAGAAGGAAGAGCAGAAGAAGAAAAAGGAGAUGGAGGAGCUCAGGCAUUAUACUUCUCUGAUGAAGAGUGAAAACAUGAAAACUAAUGAGGACGGCUAUGACUCAGACGACUUCAUGUGACAGGUGAAAAUGCGACGGCGAUCAGUGGUCGGAGGGCUCCCCUGCUGCCAUCGCUUGCAGUAGCUCGUUACAGACUUUAAAUAAAUGAAAAUCAAAAACAAACAAGCGCAUACUGCUUCUGGACACUGAGCAGAAGCCAAACCAUCGGGGAAUGACUUUGCCUCUCUUGAUCCAGGAGCUGUUGUCAGACCGAGCCGGCUGACCUCUACAUUAAAGGAGGAAGGGUGAACCUGACAACACUGCUCAGCAGGAGUCGUUUGGAGGGAGAAAACCCAGACAACAGAUUCUGUGCUAAAUGAUGAUAAAAUGGUGUCUCGAUGGGUCUCUUUUGUUUCAGUCAUUCAAUCUAACAGCAUUUUGUUGAAGCUGCAGAGCCUCCUGCUUGCUUUCUCAUUAUGCUAAUUUUGUCUGCAUGUCAUAUUUUAUUAAACACAAGUCAUUGUAUAAAUUUAAA